UUUUCAUUUUUACAAUUUGCUUUAUUACAAAUUAAACUAAUUUGUCUUGCCUCAGGUAUAAAAGUUGGGGAAACUACACCUGAUAACCUCUUCACUGUGACUGAAGUUGAAUGCUUAGGAGCUUGUGUAAAUGCACCAAUGGUACAAAUAAAUGACAACUAUUAUGAAGAUCUGACAACAAAAGACAUUGAAGACAUAAUUGAUGAACUGAAAGGUGGAAAAGUUCCAAAACCUGGACCAAGAAGUGGACGUUUCUCUUGUGAGCCAUCUGGUGGUCUGACUUCUCUGACAGAGCCACCCAAGGGAUCUGGCUUUGGAGUUCGAGCAGAUCUUUAAAACUGUUGUUCUAAGUGUAAGAAAUUGUUGAGAAAAUAAAUUGUAAAAUAUGGACAGAUGGAAACUCAA